GCCCCCGCCGCGCCGCCACUUCCGCCGCGACCAUUUUGUUCUUCACCGGCGUCAAGGGUACCGCGUUUGGUUCUCAUCAUGUUCCCGGUGGCCAGGGCUGCGCGGAGCCUCGUCGCUCGUGGCAUCCAGCACACUGCAGUCAGACAAGCUCAUCGCAAGCAUGAGCCGAGCUUCCAUGAUAAAUAUGGAACCUUAGUCCUCCUUGGUGGAGCCACCAUGUUCACUACUGUCUGGGGCUAUGUGCUCACAAAGCUUAACCUUGAGUGGGGCUUUUCACCUGUUGGCAGAAUCACUCCAACAGAAUGGAGGGAGUAACAGCCUCUGCUUCUAAUGAACUGGUCUAAACUUUCACUGAGAAAAUGGUCGUGUAAUGGCAUAUGUUCCACUUGUAAAGUGGCAUUCCUGGUCUAAUAAACAUACCUAGAAACCUG